CGUGCUGCUAAGUCGCUUCAAAAUGGCUGAAUUGGACGUUGGGAGACAUUGUCAAAUUGAAUAUUGCAAACAAAAAGACUUUCUGCCAUUUGUCUGUGAAGGCUGUUCUGGAGUGUUUUGUCUCGAACACAGAAGCAGAGAUUCACACUCCUGUCCAGAGGUUUUGGUGAAGAGGGAUGUCUUAGAGUCAGGAGUCAGUUCAUCGCAUCCGUGUACAUUUCAGGACUGCAAAGGGAGGGAGCUUCUUCCUGUAAUCUGCCCAAAUUGUCAAAAGAAACUCUGUCUUGCUCAUCGGCAUCAGGAAGACCAUAAUUGUGAGAAGUUGGAGAAACCCAAACAACGAAUGGUGGCAACACAGGAACAUGUGCAAAAAAUUUUAGAAUCAAAGAAGAAUGCACCAACCUGUAAAGGCAGAAAAGGGGCGAAGAACAGUGCUACAGCUGCUAAAGUAGCCCUUAUGAAGCUCAAGCUACACGCUACUGGAGAUAAAGGACUGCCAGAGAUAGAGCGGACAUAUUUCCAGGUGUUCCUGCCAAAAGAGGUAAACACAUCCAGCCUACCCAUGUUCUUUAGUUCCAAGUGGAGUGUGGGUAAAGUGGUGGAUUUUGCAGCAGCUCAGGCCAGCCUAAAGAACAACAACAAUGUGCUCACAGCCAAGAAACUGCGCUUGUGCCAUCCUGAAACUGGGAAGGCCAUCAAAAUGGAUGCAUGUCUCCAGUCACAGCUCUCACUCUCAGAUUCUCCUCUCUAUAAUGGAGGCAACGUUAUCUUGGAAUAUCUGGAUAAUGAGUGCUCUGGGGUUGAAGAUGUCACAGCCUACAUAGCUUCCUCUUGAUUUAUAAAUGUUUACCUGGAAGUAAUGUAAGAAUUUGGAUACAAGAUCAGCUAUAAACUCCUUGUGCUGUAUGUUAUCAUUUACAGGCCAGGUACCAGCUGAUAUUGUAAAAAGCUAACAUUAUUGUGUAUGUUUAUUCUUGACUACAAUGUAUAAAAUAUAAAACACACAUAAAUUAA